AUGGCAUUGGUGAUCACCGUAGAGCGGUUGGUACUGUCAUGUACUGACGGGAUUUACUGCCGAGGACAGCACCAGGUGACGAAACGGCCAGAAGCAUUCAAACACGAUCACUCUCAGCAGGCUGAUGGACAGUCGGCACUUUUGUCCAUAGAGGCGCCUAGCGAUAUCUUGUCGACGGCGUCUGCCCCGGAGCCAGCCGGUCGAUCAAAACAUGCGCCGGAGCCCGGCUGCGCGCAGUUCCCUGAUACUUCAAAGGUCCUCCUAGUCAUGAAAACAAAAGCCUCUGAAGCCUUUUCCAAACUUCCAACUCAGUUGAUAACGAAUCUGAAAUGCUUGCCAGAAUUUCUCAUCUUCGGCGACAUAGAACAAGAGAUUGGAGGAUAUACGGUCCACGACAGCCUCGACAGAGUCUUAGAUUCAGUGAAGACGGAUAAUAGAGACUUUGACGACUAUUUUCGACAACGCCAAUGCGCGACCCAUCAAAAGAGCUGCAGUCAAAACGUGAAAUUUACACAGGACGGAUGGGACUUGGACAAAUACAAGAGUAUCCAUAUUGCCGAAAAGACGUUCAACAUGCGGCCCAACUAUGACUGGUAUUUGUUCGUCGAUGCCGGUGCUUAUGUGGUGUGGCCAACGAUGUUGCGCUGGCUAGAAAAAAUGGAUCAUACUGGUCCUAUGUAUAUCGGCAACAAAGCAUCGGUAGGCGACACGCACUUUGGCGAUGGAGGCAGUGGCUAUGUCGUCUCUAAUAUAGCCAUGCGCGACUUGUUUGAGGGUAAGCAUAAUGUGGCCAACCGAUGGGACGAAGCUACCAAAAGCCAUUGCUGCGGCGAUCUCAUGUUUGCAAAAGCAUUAAAAGAGACCGCAGGGAUCAGCGUGAAUGACACGUGGCCAACAAUGAAUGGAGAGAAGCCGUUUACCAUUUCUUAUUCUAGCACGCAGUGGUGUCAGCCCAUUGCUACCAUGAACCAUUUAGGGAGCGAAGAGCUGUCUGCCUUGUACGCCUUUGAACGAGGGCGAAACUUUGCCUCGCCUAUGCGCAUCAGGGACCUCUACCAUCACUUUGUGGCACCGCAACUUGUGCCUUUCCGGCCAGACUGGGAUAAUAUGAGCGACGACGUCUUUUACUUGAACAUGUCUGAUAAUACGUAUGACCAUUCCCAGCUCCGUAAAGCGAAACUGGAAGGGCUGUCUCCUCUUGAGAAAAUGGCCCACUUGAGCUUUGACAGCUGUCUACGAGCUUGCCAAGUCGAUCCAGCUUGUUUGCAGUAUAGAUAUCACGAUGGCGUCUGUGGAUUCAGUUGGACAAUCAAGCAUGGCUAUCCGAAGCCGAAGGCUAGCCAAAUAUCCGACAGGUGGAUGAGUGGAUGGGACGUUGACAAGAUUCAACCAUGGGUGCAGGAGCACGAUGACUGCGCUGAUGAGAUUAAGUGGCCCCUGGUCUAG